GUUCUUAAACGUAAACUAGGGUGUUAGCUAGCUAAUUCAGUCUUUGUGGCUAAAAGGAUCUUUACAAAUCCUUAAAAAUCUCCUAAAAUGGACAGAUAUGUUGUCAGUAAAAGAAAAUCACAAGAGGAGGAACAUCCAAGCACAAAUCAGACAGAAAAAGUUCCAAAGUGGGAAGUGUUCUGUAAGUACAGUGAGGAAUGUUUAAUAUUUGGAUUUACGCACAUGGACAGUGACAAGGCUGAACCCCUGCCCAAGUGUGUGAAAUGUUUAAUGAAAUGUUUAAUGUUCUAAUGAAAGCAGUAAGCCAGUUUUCUUAAAAAGCAUUUGAAAACAAAACAUGAAAACCUGGCCACAAACCCACAAAACCAGUCUCACGUUUCAAAGUAAGGUUUAAUGCUUAAAACAGCAGCUAAAAAAAUUUCAACAAGCAAAUGUUUCACUUGAAGUAAACCUGCUUGAAAUUUCAGUGGAUAUGUGAGGCAAAUAAUUCAGGUUGAAGUGGUUCAGCUGAAAAAAAAUUUUUUAAAAAAGGUUGGGAACCCUCGGUUUAGCACAUGGUUCAGUUAAAGCCAGCUGACUUUUUUUUCCACUCAGAGUUGCUAUGUCCACAGAAGCUUUUCAUUUUAAGGACAUCUAUAUUAUUAUUGUGUGAUAAAGUAGAGGUACAUUUGUAUUAGGCUCCUGCUUUUUGCUUUAGGUUAUAAAACCCUUGAAAGACAGGAAACUCUCUAGGCUGUCAUCUCUUAGGUAUGAAACUCAUUGGAGAUUGUAAAUGCUCCCAAAGACUACUGCUUGAAAUGCAUUAGAUAUACUGUAUAUCAGGACAUAGAGUAUAUUGUCCUGUAGUCAAUACACUAUAAUAUAAAAAAAGCCAUAAGUCACUUUGGAUAAAGGCAUCUGCCAAAUUAAUAAACGUAAAUGUAAUUAAUCUGUAUGUAUACAAAUAUUAAAAUUAAUGGAAUAAGGAAGCAUCAUCAAAAUGGAGGUUAAUGCAGAAUUAUACAGCUACCCCGGAACAAGGAUGAAAGAUGGAGGUUGAUGCGUCCUCUCGGCCGUUGUCAUAAUGAGAAUGCCAGUGUGAGGAGGAGAGGCAGUGAUUUUGCUUGUGUCCCUGCUGGGAGGGAUGUGCGUUCUGAAUGUGCUUCAUUGGUCUAAGUGCACUGGCACAAGGCCACUGAAAAUUGAUUAAUUAAUUUGUGUGUGGCUUACUUGAGUAGCCUUGAAAAAACUUCAAACACUCAGACUAGCAUGUGGUUCAGCUAUGACUCUGUGUGACUCAGAUGAUGAUUGAGCUUCCUUAGAGAAAUAGAGCAUAGAGAAAUAGUAGUAAGCUGCACCAUUGUGAUCAUUUCUGACUUAAUGUAAGGAAUGCGAAUGAUCGAACCUUUUUUUAAAGGACUUUUUGAAGUGUACUAACUGUAAACAUUUGUUGUCUAAACUUCUCCCUUUUGUCAAGCAUUUGCUUAAAAAUGUUCAGUCAUUCCUGAAUAGGGUAUAUCAUAUAUGUGCACAAUCAUGGAACAUUACAACAGCAUAUAAAAAUAAUCCAAAUACAAGCCUAUUUUCUCUUCACAAGCAUGCUGAAAGUUUCUUGUUCUGUCUGCAUGUGGUGGUCAACUGCUAAAGAUUUCAUUUAUAUGUUUCUUUUAUAUGGCACCUCAGACAAGAAUAUAUAUAUAUAUAUAUUGGAGCUGAAAGACCCAAACCUGUUUCAGCAUGACAAUGUCCCUGUGCACAAAGCGAGAUCCAUGAAGACAUGGUUUGCCGAAGUUUGAGUGGAAGAACUCGAGUGGCCUGCACAGAGCUCCAACCUCAACCCCACUGAACACCUUUGGGAUGAACUGGAACGCUGACUGCACCCCAGACCUCCUCACCCAACAUCAGUGCCUUACUAAUGCUCUUGCGGCUGAAUGGGCAAAUCCCCAUAGCCACGCUCCAAAAUCUAGUGGAAAGCCUUCCCAGAAGAGUGGAGCUUGUUAUAACAGCAAACUCUGUGUUAGUGACCGGUUCUGGAGUGGGCGCAUAUCAGUGUGAUGGUCAGGUGUCCACACAUACUUUUGGCCAUAGAGUGUAUCUUCCAGUAACCUCCAUUAACCCCAACUUUUUAUUUAUUUAUUUAUAUAUUUAUUAUUAUUAUUAUUUGUUGAAUACAUUAGUACCUUUGAGUAGUAGGCUAAAUGCUAAAGGCUUCUAAACAUUUUGUUACUGACUAGAAAUUUGGCAGUGCGUUAUUCGAAAGGAUUUUACCUGAACGAAUCAAUGAGUCGAAUCAUUUAACUGAACCGAUUUUUUUGAUUCAUAAAAAGAAUCAUUUUGUACAUCACAACUGAUAUGAGUGCUGUGUCACGCUGAACGCGCGCGAGCCAGAUUUUACCGCGGGAGGGAGAGAGAGAGAGAGCGAGAGGGAAAGAGAGAGAGAGAGAGAGGAAAAGAAAUGGAGAGAGAGAGAUGCUUUGACGUUUCCCCUCAGCUCUCUGGCAGGAGUUCAGAUCACAAACCCGCGCUGUAAUGGACGCCGGAGACAAAUGAAUGCUAAAUCAUUAGCCGUUAAAGCGCGUGAACGGUUUUAGCAACAAUGUGGUGCAUCAACUGCGCGUCGGAUAAGACUCCUGCUAUUCUCAAUAACAAGCUUGUUUACUGUGUGGAAGGGGAUCCUCACUGUGGGGACACAGGCAGUUUCUCAGACAGCUCCUGCAAUCAGGGCCCGUACCUGGCCAUUUCGGACCGAUACGGGAAGGCUACAGGAGAGCCUCUGGGCCCCCAGGGGCCUCCUGUGGCCCCUCCAAGCCCAGCGAGCCUGGCCUGGGCCCAGCGCACACGCCUCCAGCCUGCCAGCCUGGCUCUGCGUAAGCAGGAAGAGGAGGAGAACAAACGCUGCAAAGCACUCUCAGACAGCUAUGAGCUCUCCACAGACCUGCAAGAUAAGAAGGUGGAGAUGUUGGAGAAGAAAUAUGGUGGUUCCUUCCUGAGCAGACGAGCAGCACGCACCAUCCAGACUGCUUUCCGGCAGUACCGCAUGAAUAAGAACUUCCAGCGGCUGCGUAGCUCCGCCUCAGAAAACCGCAUGACGCGCCGUAUUAUCCUCUCUAAUAUGCGCUUGCAGUACUCGUUUGACGAGCGUCAGCCUCAGGUGCAGCCUGAAACACCCCAACAACAACAGCAGCAGCUCUACCCUCCUCGCCAUCCCUCUUCCCUGGCCAUGGCCGGCCAGCAGAGUUCGGCUGACACAGAGCAGGAGACAGAAUCACCUUCGCACUGCCCUUCUGACCGGGAGGAUUACUCACACGCAGACGAUGCCUUUACCAAACAAGUGACAUCAUUGGCAGACUCCAUGGAUGACACUCUAACAUGUCAGUCUGGGCGUGGCGACUCCCAGGAGGGUGAUGGUGGAGGCGAAGGUGAGGAGUUCAGCGAGUGCGUCUGGAGCAGCAAGGUCCCAUCUCGGCGUGGAGUACCGACGAGUGAGCGAGAGCGGACAGCGGGGACACUCGGGGGCAUGCAUGAGGACAGCACAGCCACAUCCUACAGUGACGUAACUCUCUACAUGGAAGACGGCAUGCCUUCAUCUCCGCUUUCCAUGGAACGUGCACCCAGCAGCACUGACACUGAGUACUGGGGGCUAGGUGGCACAGCAGUAGGACGAGAAGACAGCAGAGAUGCAGAGGGUGGAGGCAGCAGCAACAGCCGGCGUAGCACACCAUGCACAGAGUGCCGUGACCAUCGGCUCCGUGGCGCCCACCUUCCCGUUCUGACUAUUGAGCCGCCCAGUGACAGCUCCGUGGACAUGAGUGACCGCUCGGACCGAGGCUCCCUCAGCAGGCAGUUGCUGUAUGAGCAGGAACCAGCCGGAGGUGGAGGAGGAGGAGGAGGAGGUUCACCCCAGGGAACUCUCAAACACAACCCAGCUCAGGGCCAGACUCGCCCUAUGGGUCGCCCUAUUCCCUCACCCCUGCCCACACACAUACCACCACACCAUGCAAUCCUGCUGCACCAACAGCACCACCCACACCUCCAUCACCCGCUGCAGCACCAUCACCACCACCACCCACUGGCCCAUCUUCACCACCCAUACCCGGACUCAUCUGUAUCACCUACCCAACCCCCGCUGACACCGCUCUCCUCCACCUCAUCAGCGCCGCUGCCCUCUACUGGCCUGGAGCCAUCUGAUGGCGACAAUGACUCUCUUAACUCCACCACCAACUCCAAUGAGACAAUUAACUGCAGCUCAGGCUCAUCCUCCCGGGACAGCUUGAGGGAACCACUACCCGCACUCACCAAGCAGACCUACCAGAGAGAGAGCCGCCACAGCUGGGACUCACCCGCAUUUAACAACGACGUGGUGCAGAGAAGGCAGUACCGCAUUGGUCUCAACCUUUUCAACAAGAAGCCAGAGAAGGGCAUCCAGUACCUGAUAGAGAGGGGCUUUAUGUCUGACACCCCUGUGGGCAUUGCACGCUUUAUCCUGGAGAGGAAAGGCUUGAGUCGUCAGAUGAUCGGGGAGUUCCUGGGCAACCGACAGAAGCAGUUCAACAAGGAUGUGCUGGAUUGCGUGCUGGAUGAGAUGGAUUUCUCCGGAAUGGAUCUGGAUGAUGCUCUGCGCAAGUUCCAGGCUCAGAUUAAGGUCCAAGGAGAAGCACAGAAAGUGGAGAGGCUGGUGGAAGCCUUCAGUCAGAGGUACUGUGUGUGUAACCCUGCAUUGGUGCGGCAAUUCCAGAACCCUGACACCAUCUUCAUCCUGGCCUUCGCAAUCAUUCUUCUCAACACAGACAUGUACAGCCCUAACGUCAAACCAGAGAGGAAGAUGAAGCUGGAUGACUUUAUCAAGAACUUAAGAGGAGUGGAUAAUGGACAGGACAUCCCGAGGGACCUGUUGGUAGGAAUCUACCAUCGUAUUCAGAAAUGGGAGCUGAGGACCAAUGAUGAUCAUGUGUCUCAAGUGCAGGCAGUGGAGAGAGUGAUUGUGGGCAAAAAACCAGUGCUCUCUCUGCCCCACCGUAGACUGGUGUGCUGUUGCCAGCUUUAUGAGGUUCCUGAUCCUAACAGGCCACAGCGGAGUGGAGUUCAUCAGAGAGAAGUCUUUCUCUUUAAUGACCUAUUGGUGGUCACGAAGAUCUUCCAGAAGAAGAAGACAUCAGUGACAUACAGUUUCAGACAGUCUUUUCCUCUAGUGGAGAUGCAGGUUCACAUGUUCCAAAACUCCUACUAUCCUCAUGGUAUUCGGUUAACCUCAGCCAUCCCAGGAGGGGAGCGUAAGGUCCUGAUUGUCUUCACAGCACCGAGUCAGCAAGAUCGGACACGUUUUGUCAGUGACCUGAGAGAGAGCAUUGCUGAAGUGCAAGAUAUGGAAAAAUAUCGAGUAGAGUCGGAGCUGGAGAAGCAGAAAGGCAUUAUGCGGCCUGGACUCAUGAGUGGAGAUGUGAGUGGUGGGGUGGAUGGAAUAAAGACUGAGGCAGUGAAUGGCACGCUGGGUAGGCCCAGCCUCGAUGACACAUAUGCCACAGGGGAUGGGCUUAAGCGAACAGCGCUCAGCUCAUCACUCAGAGAUCUCUCAGAUACAGGAAAGCGGGGCCGCAGAAACAGUGUUGGCUCUUUGGAUAGUACCAUUGAAGGAUCCAUCAUUAACAGCCCACGGCCUCAUCAGCGUCUGCCUAUGGGGGGCGCUCUUCCCAGCUGCUAUGGGCUGGAAGAUUACCGGCCUCACCGCCCCAUCCUGAGCCCCGGAAUAGGGGUGGGGGGUGGGCCGGGGCAGUUACACAACGCCGUAGGGAACGCUGGGGCAGGAGCGCUCCCCAACACUGGCGACCGAGGGUCCGGAGGGGGCAGCUCCGGCUCCUUCCUGGGUUCUCUGUUUGGCAGCAAGCGUGCCAAACCCCCGGCCCCACUUAUUCCCCCAGGGCCGCCGUACCCUGCUCCCGUGGCCCCGCCUACUACCGGUGGCCCGCCUCCUCCCUCGCCUUCCUCCCUCAGUCAGUCCGACCUCGGCGGGCCCUCCAAAAUCCAGGCGCUGCACGCACAGUACUGCCACAACAAUAUUGGCCCACCUCCACCUCCAUACCACCAUCAUCAGCACCACCGUUACUCAGCCGCUGGCCAUCCACACACUAUGCAUCACACUCUGCAGCGCAGCUCACUUCCCCGCCGUGGUUCACCCAUACCCUCCCACGCUCCACUUCAGCAGCAACACUCCCAUCAUGCAAUGCAUCAGCAUGGCCGCCAUUCCAGCAUGGGCUGCACCCCUCCGCCGUUGUCUCCUCACUCACCACAUUCACCCAUCAACCCAUUCAGCUUCUUCCACACUCAUGCCCCACUGCCACAUCCCGCCAAGCUGCCACUGACACUGUCUCACUCCCAGCCCAACCCCCACCCUCACGGCCACUCCCACGUUCUCUCUCAUACCCACAGUCACAUCGGCCACAUCCACAGUCCCCAUCCACUACUGCACCAUUCCGCCCAUCAACCUCACUUUGUGUUCGCCCCACCUCCACAGGCCCCCUCCGCCAUCACAGCACGUCACGUGCCCCAGGCCCCCGUACACUAUCUGCCUCAGUACCCGCCCCUGUCCUCCAUCCCGCCUCCUCCGCCGCACUCGCCUUUACCCCCUCCUACCUCCCCCCUCACCCCUCUUACACCGCUUACACCUCUCUCGCCGCUGCCACCACAGGUGGUCAACCAGGGGCCCGGAGCAGGAAGCACAGGGGGCAGCGCCAGCACAAGCGGCAGCUCCAAGUCAAAGCCCAUCAGCCGCAUCAGUACAGUGGUUUGAGACGCGGCAGAGCUCGCAGGGCAAGAGUUCACCCAAGGAGGAGCCGAAGCCCACGUAAGCGGAAACACACUGUGGUCCGACUUUGCUACUUCCACAUCCGCUUCCCACAUGUGUAGAGUGAGGGUGAUGGAGGCUAACCUAUAGAUGGGCUACUAAAUGCAUACGCCAUUUGCUGUCGUGUCAUGCUGGUACUCAUAACAUCCAAACUCAUUCAUCAAUGCAAAAUCAGGAGGCUGAAGGAGAUAAGAGUUGAAGGAAGAGCUGAUUCGUUUAUUCCUCGGAAGUUGACGUAUGAGCUGGAAGUGCAGUGUUGCCAAAGGUGGAAAUUGUGAGAGGUUGCUGCCAACCUACAAUGCGAGAGACAAAGACUCAAAAUUUUAAGAGUUCCAACUGUCCUGCAACAGAGGAGAUCAGGAAGCGAGCUUUACCAGCCAGCCUGAGGAGAGUGCAGAACACAAAAGAAGCAUCAAGUUUCCAUGAACAGCACUAAAAAAAAGCAUGGACAAUUAAAGCAACUGAGGUUUCAUGGAAAUCCUGUUUUCUCCAUUUCAGCAUUUAAUUUUUAACGUCAAAUGACAAUCAUUCCAGGUCGAGGCAAGUUUGUUUUUUUGUGUUUUUUUUUUUUUCUAACAGAAUUUAGUGAUACAUUCCACAUUCCUUCCCAUGCCUUGGACUAAAUGGCUGUCAAUGUUGGACUACAGCUUCACAGCUUUAAAAGACUCAGCCACACACUUUGAACCACAACACAUCCUGUUUAUGUUAAAGGCUUUUUUGUAAUAAAACAUUUUUUAGUGGAAAGAGACCAUUAUAGGAGAGAGAGCCAUUCAGGAGGCAGCAUUCCAGUAUUUAAUUCUAUGUCUGGAGUCUAAAAGGGGAAAUAUUUGAAUAUAGAACAUCAUAUGUAGUAUGUAGUUGUGUUCUCAAUUUCAAAUCUGCAAAAUCUAGGCGUAGCCCACUAAUUUAAAAACCAAAAAAAGUUUCAAUUCUUAAAUAUUCUUUAGUUCUUUCCGUUCAGUUUGCUUUGCUUUUUUUUUUUUUUUUUUUUUAAUGACAUGGAUUUGUGUCUACGAGUAGGUGAAAAAUUUAAUAUUUUUAUUAUAUAAUAAUUAUAAUUAUUAUAUAAUGUUUCAAUUAUAUUUAUUUUUUCCAGAAUGAAAUAAUUAGGUAAUUGUGAUGUAAGUGUCAAAAUUACUUGAUAAGUCUGACUUGUCCAGUAAUUCUGUUUUAAUGACUAUUUUUCUUUUUAACACACUUUUGAACUAUCAGUAAGUACUCAAACAGGCUCAUAUGACUUGCUAAUUACUUGUAUUUGGCAACUUAUUGCAUAGCCUUAGUGCCUGAUGUAAGGUUUUAGGAUCAAUUGAUCCUAAAUGUGCAGCAACUGAAUUUCCCAAAAAAUAAAAAAUAAAUAAAUAAAUAAGUGAUAUACUUACAGUGCUGGCAAGGCGAGCACUGUAUUGUUCUUUAAUUUAAAUCUUGCAGAAUUAAUUGUAUAAAUACUUAUUUUUUACUCAACGGUCAUUUGAACUGAAUUAUAAGCAUAAAUAGAUAAAGACAUUCUCUUAGCAUUGAUUGUACAGUACAAUUUACAAGAAUGAUAUGAUUCAAGUGUGUUUUCCGUUAUUAAUAUUAUGAUGUCAAAUAUUACCGAUAUUAUCCUUGAUAUUUUGAUGUAACACUUACUACUAAUAUGGAUAUUGUUUCUGUGCUGGUUUGUUUUCUAUUAGCCUUUUUUCAGUCUAACACAGUGGUAUUUCAUGUGUACAAACGGAACUUAACUGGGCUACCUAUUUCAGGAGCUAGUUUUGCUUGGAAAAAAAUUCGGUCUUUUACACCAAACCCAUUGCCAGAAGCCAUACACUUGUACUUAAGCCAGUCACUCUUUUAAAGAAUGUGAAUUUACAUCAAGUUACAUAUCUUUGCCCUUUUGUUUAUAUAUGAAAAGCAUGCUAAUAUGAUUGGUGCAUCUGUGCACACCAGCUAAUACAUUUCGCACUUGGUUGUCAGUGCAUCUAUUUGUAUGCUGCUUUUACAUUUCUGUAGUGUUUGCUCUAGGUGCAAAACAAGAGCUUUUAGUUUGUGCGCACAAAGACUCAAGGCCUACAAGUGCAGUGCCUUGUUAGCAGAUCAUCUCCCGUCUCCAGCACCCCAAUAUAUGCACACACACACACCAAACACAUCCCCACAAACACACUCGCCAAACACACACAACAGGUACACCUCCCCAUUCCUCUCUGGCUUUCUGUCGCUAUUUCAAUACAGGGCCAUAUUCAGAGUUUAGUUAGUGUUGUAAGGAGUUAAUACAGAAAUUGAGCACAGCAGUAUUCAGACUUCAGAAUCAUCUAAUUAUCAAAUUAUCAGAGUUUGCAUGACUCAGGACAGUUCUUUUUCCCUGGAGGAAUUUCACACACCAAAAUAUGGGAUGCAAAAUUAAGGGGAAAUUUAAACCCAUAAAUAUGUGAUAUAUAUUUUUAUGUGAUAUAUAUACAGUACUUUGCAAAAGUCUGAGGCACCCUAAUGUUUUUUUUUUUUUUUUUUUUUUUUUUUUUUUUUUUUUUUUAAGUACAUACUUUGUUAUAGAUUUUUAUUUUAUGAUUUCUAUAUUAUCAAGUCAGUACAAAAAAACCUCUUAGAUUUCCAAACGUUAGUUUUCCAGCACAAAAUUAAAUGUUACAGAAAAAUGUUUGUAUGUCAGUAAAGAAAGCAGCAUAUUACAUAAGAGACACUUUUCAGACAAAAAUACAUAAUGAAGGCUGCUGGGUUUUGCUGCAAAAAUAAGAAGCAAGUGUGUCAGUCAAAGUCUCCAGAAGAACUGCGGCUGGUUCUGCAAGAUGCUCAGUAAAACUUACAGCUCAUUUCCUUAUAAAACUUUUUUUUUUUUUUUUUUUUAAAGCAAAGGGUCUUCACACCAAAUAUUGACUUUGUUUCAUUUAUUACUGUUUACUGCUCUUUAUAGUAUUUUUUAAAUGUAGAAAUAUUUAAUUUCAUUAUUUUUGAAGGCAUCUUUGCUCUACAGCUUAUUUGACUUAUUCGAAGUUUAUUUGACUUUGUAUAUUUUUUGUAUUUAUAUAUUUUCUUUGGGCUUAAAGGCUUAUACGUGUUUUUAAGGGAGCGACCAAGACACAAGUGAGGAACUUCCCAGGCAUUAUCACUAAACAGGUCAUUUCAAUGAAUUGAAAAAAAAUCAAGUAAAGAACCUGUUUAGAUGAAGUCUGUAUAAGGAUUUUUCCUGUGUAUCUGUUGAUUUUUUUUAUUUUAUUUAUUUUUAAUUUAGCGGCAACUCUGAAUAUGGCUCUAGAAGUUUUUGAAAAACAUUUAACCAGCAAACCUACCUUCAUAUGAUUUUUAACGUUUAUUUUCUCAUAGUUUAUUACGUAUCACUGUGUGGAAUCUAACAUUAGACUGUCAUCUAAUGUGGGAUACGAUACAGUUAGUCAUUACAGGGCUGUUUAGCAAAGGACGUACGUUCAACAAGGUGUGAACUAUGUGGCUGUAGGAUGCCGUCUAAAUUUUGAGCACAACUCUGAGCAUUCUCCCAUCACCCUUGAUCCUCUUUUGAGCUAGUUUGUUUCACAUUUGUGCUUGCAUUAAGUGUCAUGAGACCUGAAGGACAACAGGUUCAAAAACAAAUCACAGCCGACUAACAGACCUAUUAAAGUAGAUUCAGUAGUUUUGGAAAGCGUCUUUACUCCUGAUUGGAUAUGCUGAUGUCUUGCGCCAGUGUGCCAAUGUGUUGCAUGUUCUACUGCACUUAACUGAAUGACGCUGUAUAAAAACUUGAAUGUACAUAUAAGCUAAUAUAAAUACUCUGUAUUUACUCUGGAAUGGGCUGUGUUAUAAUGUCUAUAACUGGCUGGGAGCAGGGAGAUGAGCUAUUGUUUACACUUUAGGGACUGGGGAACAAAAUGUAACUGUAAAUGUAUCAGUAUGUGUUUCAGAGCAGUAAUUAUAUUUAAAGAGAUGACAUUGUAUGAAGUUUUAUUUGUAUAUAUGUAUGACGUUUCCAUCACAACCUAAUUCAGAGAAAUUCUAUGUGAUUAUUUAUUGCGCUUAUUCUAUAAAAUAUGUUCUUGCUGUUGGAAAUUGUUGUUUUUUCUGCUUUGUCAUCUGUAUGAGUCAGUU